UAUACUUUAAGCUCAUGAAGAAAAAAUUCGUGGUUACGAGUCAUCAGUCAGUCACUAUCACAGUACGUCAGUACUGACUGUAUCCAUAAAAGAACAUAUUUCUUACGAACCUCAUCCUCUUCACAAAACAACCUCCAAUAAUGGCCAAAACCACCGGUGGAGUACUAUUCUUCUUCGCUUUACUUUCACUUUCCUUCAACCUCACCUUCGCUACAGACGAUGCAUACCCAACCGUUUCUGGCUGCUCGUCACCGUCGGACCAAGUACCCAAGCCGAUUCGGCGAGAGGUGUACGGUGGUGGCCGGAUAUUUGACAUAAGCCACCGCUACAGCAGCGACAUGCCGUCGUAUGACACCAAAGAAGGAAAGCUGGGGCAGUUUCUGUCGCUGCCUCAAAACAUGAAGAACGGCUCCAUCGUUAACAUCUCGGAGCUGAAGAUCAUCGCGCAUUCUGGAACACACGUGGAUGCUCCUGGCCACGUUUUUGAUCACUAUUUUGAUGCUGGUUACGAUGUUGAUACACUUGACUUGGAGGUCUUGAAUGGUCCUGCGCUACUGGUUGAUGUUCCAAGAGAUAAGAACAUAACCGCUGAAGUUAUGGAGUCCCUGCAUAUUCCCAAAGGAGUAAAACGUGUGAUUUUCAGAACACUAAAUACAGACAGGCAGCUCAUGUUUAAUAAAGCGUUCGACACAAGCUAUGUGGGAUUCACAAAAGAAGGGGCAAGAUGGCUGGCAAAGAACACUGACAUCAAACUUGUUGGGAUUGAUUACUUAUCCGUUGCUGCCUUCGAUUAUCUUCUUACAGCUCAUUAUGAAUUUCUAGAAAGCAGGGACAUCAUUCUGGUGGAAGCGCUUAAGCUUGAUGAUGUGCCAGCAGGACUGUAUUCAGUCCAUUGCUUACCUCUAAGGUUGUUUGGUUCUGACGGAUCACCAAUCAGAUGCAUUCUCAUCAAAUGAUGAUUUCCCUUUAUUUUGUUGCAGAAAUCAGAGCAUGGGAUAAGACACCAUAAAAGAUACGUUUCUAUCGUCUAUGGGCAUCAGAGUUGUGAUACAAUACAAUUGAACACUUUGGUUGUUGAAAUGGGUUUUCUUUGUUUUGAUAGUAAAUUAUGAACCAUGGUUGUGCUGUAUAUAUACUUUUGGCUUAAUAAGACUGAUGUCAUAGUGUGUAUUAA